UCUCUCUGGGGAGAGUGCUCCGCAACUGGGGUGUCACCACUGAGAAGGCCCUCUUUCAGUGUAGGCCUGGGAUCAUAAGGAGAAUGGUGAUCCUUCAAGUUACUUGGUCCUAUGAUGUGAAGUUAAUUGCUGGCUCACAUUAUCAAUCCGUUGCCGUCCUCAUUAAAGAUGGAGCGACUCGUCCCUUCUUGAGAAAUUAAAGGACAGCAGAUUGCAAAACGGGGACAAUGAGAACCAAAGCAGAACCUCACUGAAGACGUGGUGAGAAAGGGGGAAAAGCACAGCGUCCUUACAAACAAUGGCAAGCCUAAUUAAAGAGGGUUAGUUCAGCUACCCCUUCAUUAAGAGAGGGCAAAAUAAAAGGUGCCCCGUAAAUCAGUGUUAGCCAGGUCAGCCAAGUAGGUUAAAAAUGAGUUGCUUGUUGAGCACCAGUGCCUUGACUUCUGCAUCAUUCGGAGCAGACUAGAUCCCGCAAGAAACCCAGGCUCUCUCUUCCCACCUCAGCAAAGGAAAAGAGGAUUAUUUCUUGGGAUCAGGGAGCUGCCUCUGCCAUACACAGCUCAUCACCAUGACAACCUUGACUCUGUAUUCCAUUACUCUGCUCCUGGUUUUUUCAGUAGUCCUGGCACAGGGCAGAAAGAAGCCCAAAGGCUACCCAUGUCCACCACAUUCUCAGCCUUGGCAGGCUGCCAUCUACAAAUACUCCCGUUUCUACUGUGGAGCAACCCUUCUCAACCAAAGAUGGGUCCUUACUGCUGCUCACUGCAACCAUGGAAGCAUCCAUGUCCGGCUUGGAGAUGAAAAUCUGAACGUCCUGGAGGGCACAGAACAGUUCUUGGCAGUGGCAAAAACAAUCGUCCACCCCAAAUACAACCAGACGUGCUAUGACAAUGAUGUCAUGCUGGUCAAACUGUUGAGCCCAGCUGUACUUAACCAUUAUGUGCAGCCCAUAAGUCUGGCUACCCAGAGGGCAAGCUCUGGGGAUAUGUGCACGGUGUCAGGAUGGGGCGGUCCUAUCAAUUUCCCAGAGCGAAUUCCUCUGAUCCUUUACUGUGCAAAUGUCAGGAUAAUGUCUUUGGAGGAGUGCGCUGCCCUGUAUCCUGGGAAGCUGAACUUCGAUAUGAUGUGUGCUUCUGCGAUGGGAGGAGGCACUGACUCCUGUGAAGGUGACUCCGGGGGACCCCUUGUCUGCAACGGGAAGCUCCAGGGUGUGGUGUCUUGGGGUGACGUGCCCUGCAGCUCCAGCACCAAACCCGGGGUCUACAUGGACAUUUCCAGAUACAGAGACUGGAUCAUUGAGACCAUGUGUGAUGACGACUGACUUGUUGUGAGGAAAUCAGACCCUCCCCCCUCCUCAUUUUGCUGAGAUCCCAGAAUAAACCAUGAGGAACCCA